UUGUUAUUGGGUCUCGUCCUGUAGGUGGCUCUUAAUUUUAGUGGGAUGUGUCUUCGGGCGUGUGAGUGGUUUGUAUCCCUCCAGAGCGGAAACCUGAACUCCUCAAAUAUGCCUUAUUUAAGAUCAAAACAUUAAACAAGUCUGACUUUGCAGAAAUAGUCUACGGCAGCUUUUACAGGUGAAGCGUGGAGGAAUGCGGAGAAAGGAAAGCUCUCGGUCAUACCAAGAGUUUAAUGACGACGAAGACGAUGAUGAAGGUAUCAUGCAGUCUCCAAACUUCUUUGACGAUGUCACUGAAGAGCUGGAGCCCAAAGAGCCCAAUGACAGCAUCUCACAAGAGGAUGAAUUCAGGGGGAACAGUCCGCCCAUGAGAUUCAGUAAAGCAUGUCUGAAAAACGUCUUCACGGUGGUGCUCAUCUUCAUCUACCUGCUGCUGACGGCGGUGGCGGUGUUCCUGGCCUACCAAACCAUCUCGGAGUUCUUGGAGAAGCUCAACCACCCGGUCAUGUCCGUUACCUACAAGGAAGUGGACUCGUUUUCACCCCCUGGUAUCGCUCUGUAUCCCGGCAACGCUCGGCUACUCAGCUGCAGGCAUCACUACCACGACUACAUCCCUCCAUUAGUGGACCCCGGCAAGCCUCAGGAGAGCGACUGUGAGAUCGUCAACGUGACGUACUUUGGGCCGUUCAUAAAUCAAACACAGAAACAUGCUCUGGUGGUCCGAGGCCCGUCUGACGUCAGGAACAAAGAGCUGAUCUUCAUGCAGUUCAGUCAAAACGAGACUGAGGAGGAUUUCAGCGACAUCACUUACAUGCUUUUUGCCAAGUUUAGCGACUUGAUCGAGAGUGCAAAUAAAUCAGAAUUCAUGAAGGACUGUGAGAGGAAUUACUCCAUGUGGACCUUCUCCGGAGGAUUCAGAACCUGGGUCAAGAUGUCUCUGGUGAGGACGUCUGGGAAGAUCAACGAAGCUGUCGAGUUUCGACAAGAGUCCGCUGUAGUGAAAUUCAACGAUAAAAGACCUGGAAUAGAGAAAACCAACCAGCUCUUCUUCGCCGUGUUCGAAUGGCGAGAUCCUUACAUGCAAGAAAUCCGACUGAUAGUGACUGCAAACCCCUGGAGCUCUGUGGCCAUCCUCUGCGGCGUCUUUAUGGCCCUGUUCAAAGCUGCUAAUUUUGCCAAACUCACUAUUCAGUGGAUUAUCAGGAUGCGUAAGAGGCACCUGAGGAAUAAAGUGCGGGAACUGAACCCGAUAAACUGAAACACUUUGUAAAAAUGACGCACUGCUACAUUUGUUGAGGUCACUACCGUUUGAGGUGAGAAUUUUUAGCAUCAAGUCGUGUUUAUUAAUUACGUUUAGAACAUUUUAUUGAUGCUUCCAUUUAUUUCAACAGAGUAAUGAUUACACUUUAAUCGUUUAUCGUGAUUUUGUUGAUGUUGUUGUUGUUGUAUUUCAAAUGUUUCACAUGUUUCAUAUCACUGUGAUCCCUGGAACUUGCACAUGCAUGAAAUGAAUUGUUGCUGAGAGUUGAGACACUUUUAAAGCUUAUUUAAAAACCAGAUGUUUCAGGUUUAAAACUCAGAAAAUGUGAACUGUGGUGAAGAUGUUGCUGGAUUUUGGACUUAUUCUCAGUGCAUUGAUACUAUUUCUUUAAGAUGAAAUGUCAGAAUAUUGUUAACUUGCUGUUUAUUUUUGUAGCAUAUUCUUUAUCUCUUUUGGUUUUACUGCUGUUUCCAGUUGAUUGAAGCACAACGUGUUUGGAAAUAUGUACAUCAUGUGUUCACUGCUGUUCAGAUUUACUUGAAUUGUGAAUUUUUCUGCUGGUCAAUAUUAUAUCUCACAUGCUACAUUUUAAGAUGUAUCCGAAAAUAAACACAUUUUAUGCCUGAA